AUGGUGUGGUCGAUCCAAAGACUUCCCAAGUCCGACGAGAAGGAAGAGGCAAUUGUUGGUGCUAUAGACCAGGCCUACCAAAAUGGCGCUGGAAUUACACGGCGUGUUUUAAGAGGUUGCUUGGAUGGAGACGUUGAAAAUGAACAUUUUGAAGAAGGAAAUGGCACCCAUCCAGACGACCAAACUGAUAGGCGGUAUUGA